UUUUUCCUGCAGAUAUGCCUCGUCUCAUUUCAGUGAUGCUGCUCUUCUCAGUACUAUGUGGUACAGGGGCAUAUAUUCCUCAUCGCUAUCACUUUGUUAAUGAGAAUAAAACCUGGAUUGAAGCUCAGGCAUACUGCAGACAGAAAUACACGGACAUGGCCACCAUUAACAAUAUGGAAGAAAUUAAUAAGCUUAAUGACACCCUGAUCAAAGAAACUGCAAUUCAAUCUUGGAUUGGCCUAAAUAAGCAGGAACCUUCACAAUGGUGGUGGUCAUUUGCAAGUGAAAAUUUCUACAAAGACGAUGACACUUACAGAAACUGGGCUUCUGGUCAACCAAACAACUAUGGUGGAAUCGAGUUCUGUGUUCAAAUGGAGGUACCCAGUGGCGUUUGGCAUGAUUACCCCUGUAAUUCUACAUCUUAUUUUGUAUGUUAUGAUGACAAACUGAUCCUGAUCAAGCAGAAUCUGACCUGGCGAGAAGCUCUAAAUUACUGCAGGGAGAAUUAUUAUGACCUGGUCUCAGUGCGUACUCAGGAGAUGCAGCUCUGGGUGAAGGAAGUGGCUCAAAAUGCCUCCAGUGAACACGUGUGGCUCGGCCUGCGUUAUGACUGCACUCAGCAUAUCUGGUUCUGGGUUUUUGGAUCGAUGAUCUGCUAUGAGGACUGGGCACUGAACUGGAAAUGGAAUAAAGACUGCAACCAAGAAAUGAGAAGUGGAGCAGUGCAGUCUGGAAGAAAGCAGCAGUGGAUCGACCUGCCUGAGAGCUCUCAACUCAACUUCAUCUGCUCUACUUAUGACAGUUAGUCAAUGUUUUUUUUAAACAUGUCUUUUCAUAUGUUUUUCCUGCAUUGCAAAUACAAUUGUUGUCUUUUCUUUAUAUGAUUUUUAUAUUGUAUUUAUCAUGUACAU